AAAUUUUACCUUUUUUCUUAACUACUGGUCGAUAUUUUUAAGCAAGGCAAGUUUCACAAGGAAAAAUCCCGUAAUAGUUGCACUAGAGAUAUUAAAAAAAACAGGUAAUUUCCAAAAAUAACGGUUAAAAAGAUGACCGAUGUGCUCAGUAACAAUACCACGGAUAAGGUAGCAUCUUUGGUGAAGGAAGCUGAAGCCCUCAAAUCUAAAUUGGAAGAGGAACGCCAAAAGUUAAACGAUGUUACUUUAUCAUCUGUUGCUGAGCGUUUGGAAAUGAUAACUUACAUCAACAUAAAGCCAAGAAGAGUCCUUAAAGGUCACCAGGCUAAGGUUCUGUGCUCCGAUUGGUCACCGGAUAAACGGCAUAUUGUAUCAUCCUCACAGGACGGAAAACUCAUUAUAUGGGAUGCUUUCACUAAUUACAAAGAACAUGCAGUCACAAUGCCAACUACUUGGGUUAUGGGUUGUUCAUAUGCACCCUCCGGAAAUCUCGUUGCUUGCGGGGGACUAGACAACAAGGUUACAGUCUAUCCCAUUACGAUGGAAGAAGACAUUUCAUCCCGAAAGAAAACAGUCGGAACUCACACUAGUUACAUGUCAUGUUGCAUUUUCCCAAAUUCUGAUCAACAAAUAUUGACGGGCAGCGGAGAUUCUACUUGCGCUUUAUGGGACGUAGAAUCUGGCCAACUUUUACAAUCGUUCCACGGCCACACCGGUGAUGUUAUGUCCAUCGAUCUGGCCCCGAAUGAAACCGGUAACACGUUUGUUUCUGGUAGCUGCGACAAGAUGGCAUUUAUUUGGGACAUGCGUUCGGGGCACGUGGUACAAUCUUUUGAAGGUCAUCAAUCCGAUGUUAACAGUGUUAAAUUUCAUCCCAGCGGAGAUGCGAUCAGCACUGGUUCCGAUGAUAGCACGUGCCGCCUGUUCGACAUGCGAGCUGACAAAGAAGUGGCCAUUUUUAGCAAAGAUAACAUCAUAUUUGGUGUAAAUUCGGUCGAUUUUUCUGUCAGUGGAAGAUUGCUCUUUGCUGGCUAUAAUGAUUACACUGUAAACGUUUGGGAUACUUUGAAAGCACAACGCGUCUGCUUGUUGUAUGGACACGAGAACAAGGUUUCUUGUCUCCAAGUAUCACCAGAUGGUACUGCACUUUCCACCGGAAGCUGGGACUUUACCCUUAGAAUAUGGGCCUAAGCGAUCUAGUCAACUGUAUAUUUAAAGUUAUGUAGUAUUUAAAGAUUAUAUACUAUAUCUCAUUAGUCAACGUGUCAUAUAAAUGUUCGAUGUCAAAAUCUCUGUCUCAAAGCAGUAGAAAAUAAGAGUUAAACAAAAAUCUAACAAAAGUGAAAUAUAUCAAAUAUGUUACACGAUGAUUCUUUAGUCGAAAAAUAUACCAAAAAUGUUAGAUUAUGUUUCUCAUAACAAAAUUAGGAAAUUUAAAAUUAAUUUUAUCCACACAUCAGCCAACACUUAUUUUUUAAGUUGAGUACAUUUGUGUGCCAUUAAUUUAGCAUUAUGUAUACUCCAAUAAUUUUUAUCAAAAUAAUGCAAUUAUUCAUCCCAUUUCGUUAUUGAAAUAAAACCAAAAAUCUAAGUAUGAAACCAAA